GUGGGCUGGUGGAGCAGCACUGAGCGUAAACAUUAACAUGCAGCUCGGCGGCUCGCUGUGGAUUAUCUCUCUCAGCGCGCGCUUCCUCCAACCCGCUCAUCAUUAACCCUCUGCGGAGACCCGGCGGCUCUCAGCGCGCUUAUGGCCGCGGCGGCGGCGGACAGGCCGGACCGCGGGGUGGGCGGUGAGCUCGGUGGGGUGGCAGGGCUCUAGCUGGAGGGCUAGGUUAGGUACUAAGCGCAGAGCACAAUGCAGCGGCUGUAGUAGAGUUAAAUAACCGCACUGAUCUCAGAACAGCGUGCGGGUGAUCAUCAGGGGUUAACAGCAGCUCAGAGCAAGGCUCAGUAUCUUCAGGCUCUUGGUUGUGUGUGAAAGAUGUACUCGCCCCUCAGGAAGGACUUUGUGUCUCUGACGCUGGGAGAGCAGCACAGCCACAGCUACACCAACGGAAAGCACCGGAGACAGUCCUGCUGGAGGAAAUGGAAGCAGUUGUCGCGGCUACAGCGCAGUCUGAUCCUGUUUCUGCUGGCCUUCCUGCUGAUCUGUGGAAUCUUCUCUUACCCCACACUCUCUGAGCAGUGGAGAGCUCUGUCUGAGGGACCUGUGAGCGAGGGCUGGGAUGAAACCGAAAGCCAAGGUCUUCAACCCGUCCCUCCUGGUGUCCUGGCGCAGGUCGUCCCGGGAGCUGUGCAGGAGGAGCCCCCCGAGCCACAGAGACCCAUCCUGCCCGUCCUGCCCAAACCUCAAGCCAUAAAGAAGCCUCCAAGCAAGCGCGGUCCUCCAGCCAUGCAGAAAAGAGGCAACGUGUCGGACUGGCAGCUGAAGGAUGGAGAGGAGCCGGCCUUCAGGAGAGAUGAAGAGCAGGAGAAAGAAGCAAAGACAGUUAUCAGCUGGCGAGGUGCCAUGAUUGAAGCGGAGCAGGGCACUGAGCCACAGCCCUCAGCACAUGCCAAGGAGGCAGCAGGACCUGCUGAGGUUGAAGGAGCUGCUCCUUUACAGCCAGUUUCUGUGAAGCCUGUGGAUCGGGCUGAGGCUGUGCGGGAAGCAUUCAGACAUGCGUGGAAAGGCUACAAGGCGUUUGCCUGGGGUCACGACGAGCUGAAGCCCAUCUCUAAAACCCACGGGGAGUGGUUUGGCCUGGGCCUAACCCUGAUAGAUGCGCUGGACACUAUGUGGAUCCUGGGCCUGAAAGAAGAGUUUGAAGAGUCUAGAGAAUGGGUGGAGAAGGAGCUAUCGUUCUCUAAGAAUGUGGACGUGAAUCUGUUUGAGAGCACCAUCCGGAUUCUCGGAGGCCUGCUGAGCACCUACCACUUGACAGGAGACGCUCUGUUCCUGGAAAAGGCUAAAGACAUUGGUUCUAGAUUAAUGCCUGCCUUCAAAACACCGUCCAAAAUCCCGUUCUCUGACGUAAACAUCGGGAAAGGCACCGCUCACCCCCCGCGCUGGACCACCGACAGCACCGUGGCCGAGGUCACCAGCAUCCAGCUGGAGUUCAGAGAGCUCAGCCGGCUCACUCAGGACCCGCAGUACCAGAAAGCAGUGGAUGAGAUAAUGGGGCAGGUUCACAGGCUGGAUGGAAAGCAUGAUGGUCUGGUUCCGAUGUUCAUCAACACUAACAGUGGAAAGUUCACUCACCGUGGUGUUUAUACGCUGGGAGCUCGUGCAGACAGCUACUACGAGUACCUGCUGAAACAGUGGCUGCAGGGGGGAAAGCAGGAACCUGAGUUACUGGAGGACUACAUUCAGGCUGUGGAAGGAGUAAAGAAGAACCUCCUGAAACAGACGGCUCCCAGUAAACUCCUGUUCGUAGGCGAGCUGUCGCACGGACGACUCAACCCCAAGAUGGAUCAUUUGGUGUGUUUCCUGCCAGGAACGCUGGCUCUGGGAGCUCAUAACGGUCUUCCUGCUGACCACAUGGAGCUGGCUGUGCAGCUGAUAGAGACAUGUCAUCAAAUGUAUGUGCAGAUGGAGACGGGGCUGAGUCCUGAAAUCGCCCACUUCAACCUGCAGAACCACAACGGCCGCGAUGUAGACGUCAAGCCUGCAGAUAGACACAACCUGCUGAGGCCGGAGACGGUGGAGAGUCUGUUCUACAUGUACAGAUUUACCCAGGACAGUAAAUACAGAGACUGGGGCUGGGAGAUACUGCAGAGCUUCAACAAGUUCACCAGAGUGCCCAGCGGCGGCUACACCUCCAUAGGGAACGUGCGAGACCCAGUGAACCCCGGCCCCAGAGACAAGAUGGAGAGCUUCUUCCUCGGGGAAACUCUGAAGUACCUGUUUCUGCUGUUCUCUGACGACCCUGAUCUGAUCAGCCUGGAUAAGUAUGUGUUCAAUACUGAGGCCCACCCCCUCCCCAUCUGGCCCUCUGCAUCCUGACCGUAGCUCCAGCUGCAGGAACUGAAGGAGCUUCCACACGUUGGAGGGAGGAGAAUCCUCAACAGGUCUUCAUGAGACCUUCUGAGAUACUGAUUUGAAGAUGAGCAGCUUUGCAGCAGAGACUGUCUUUUUCAGGCAGUUGGAGCAGUGAAGAGAUUUGCACUUGCCUUUAUCUGUGCAUCAGCACACUAGAGGAGAGGGUUUUUUUUUUUUGGAUUUUGGUGGCCUGAAAUUUCAAAGAUGGGACUAAGCUGACUUUAGCUAUUCUGAGGCAGGAGGUGAACAUGGACCCAACCAGAGAAGAUGUUUAAAAGGAUAAUUCAACUAAUUUAAGAUAUGCCAUAUAUGAUGAAUUGCUGUCACUGUCCUGGCCCACAUGCAGCAAAUCAGGACCAAACCCUGAAUCUACCACCACUGUGCUUCACAGAUGAGAUAAGGACUUCAGUUGCUUUGGAGCGCUGUUUGUGGUUCUGUUCCGUUCACAACAGUUCCUUUUGUGAAGGCUGAUCCAAAAUCCAAUUCGUCCAAUUAGAAAGUCGUCAUCCAGCCAUUUCAGAUAAGAUAAAAAACUGACACAAGGCAUCAUUUACUGAGUGUCUCUUGUCACCAGAAGUUUCACUGAUUAAAAAAAAGACUGUUCAGUCACACACUGUGAAAAUUGCCAAGCACUUUGAUGUGAAAAUGAUUUUUUUUUUCUUUUUUUUAAAUAUGUAUAUACUUGUGUGAAUUGAUGCAGUUGAUGUUUGUAUUGCGUCAUGUUGAGGAGUCUACAAACUCUUAGACACAGGGGCUCUGCCGUUUGCAUUAAUGAAUAUUCCCUUUAUGAGAUACGGGACACCUUUGGGACCAUAUUGAACGGUGAGCUGUUUAUUUUUAGAGUUAUGUUUAUUCUGUGCAUUUUGAGGCCCGUGAGAUUUUAUGCGCUCCUGUUUAUUUCAGCUGACGUUUUUAGCACUUUACUGAAAGCCAGUGACUUGAUUUAGUAGUACUCCCCGCGGAGCUUCUCGAUUUGCAGUGCCGUGGUGUGUUGUGAUCAACGUCUUCUGUGCCAGCUGUGAGAUCAGACUCCGCAGAGUGGCAAAAUGUGUCUUUUGAAACCCAUUUGGAGAUCAGCUUCGAACCAUUUCAGCACAGAUUUUUAGUAGCAGCGAGCAGCUGCUUGUGUUUACAUAAUGCAAACGUUCAUUUCAAACAAUGUAACCAUUGGCAGCAUACUGUACAUCUAUUAGACCUUCUUUUACUGUUUGAACACUUUUUAGGAUUCACAGUAAUUCACAAACCCUCCUUACCACCCAAAACUCCCCACUGCGUGAUCAACCAACCCCCCUAAACGCAUCACAGAGGAACAUCUUACAGGCAGUGUGGGACUGAUGGGAAUUUAGUUCUUUACUGAACCUAACUUGUAUUUGAUAAUAUUUGAUCAAGAUUGGGUGAACAAUCACAUGUAUCUUUAGUGCCGUGUGGCACUUUAGGGACCGUGGGAAAAAUACCAGAAAAAAUGAGCAAUGAAUAAAUCUAUUUAAUUUUCUCAAAAUGUGACUUUUAAAUAGUAUGUGAACCAACCUUUAAAUAUGUGUGUGAUUUUUUUUCAACUCAACUAUACAAAUAACACCAGACAAAGACAUAAUGUUCAACAUGCUUAGUAGGUACAGAUCAACAUACUCCAGAACCAAAGACGCAGGCAAAGAAUUAACGAACGCAGAACAAAAUAAUAAAUAACAAAACAACAAAUAAAACCAUUGGUACAUUAAUUGAGGAUAGCUCGUCAAUAUACAAUAGAUCAUCAUUAUAAAGCAGAUCAUAAUAACAGAAAAAAAAUAUUUUUUUCUUUGUAUUAAUGUUAUUUAAAGAAUUGAGAAGUAAAUUAAAUUAAAUUAGCAAGAUAGGAAAAUUGUCUAAAAAUGUUUGUUUGUGAAUAAAACAUUUGCAGAGUAGAAUAUAAAACUUUACAAUAUAUUCUAAAGGUUUAUUUGAUGUAAUGUUAUAAUAACAAAUUAUAUCUUUACGUCUAUAAAAGAGUAGAUAACAUUCAUGGGGGAAAAAGAUGUAAUGCCAAUUCUAACCAGAACAUGGCAAUAUACUUUAUUUGGAAAAAAAAAAAAAACAAGAAGGAAACUGCUGCCAAAAAUGUUUUAUCUGCUCUUUCCUUUUUUCAUUAUGUUUAUAAAGCAGUGGUCAUGUUUUACUUUUCAAUUUUUUUAGUAGGACUGCUCUGUUCUGUUCAUGUUCGUAAUUAAUAUUGACCAUAAAGUAAAACAGUUUUUGUCCUUUUGCUCUGCACACCACCACGGUUAAAUUGAAAUGAAGUAAUCAGCGUGGGACUGAAGUGUACAUUUUCAACUUUAAUUUAAUAAGUUUAUCAAAAUAUGUAAUAUACAUUUAUUUAAAGCCACAGUCUGUAUGUUUGAGGGAAUUGGGGAUUUAGAGACCUCUCUGGUGAGCGUGUGUAAUUGCACAGAGCAUGUGGAAAAGUACUUUCAAUGUAGGUUUAUAUAAAUACGUUUAUUCACAAUAAAUUCUGUUUAUGAAUACAGUAUCUAACAAAAGAUUUUUGUAAAUAUUUAAUUGAAUCUUUUCAUGGGACAACACUGAAGUAGAUAUGAAACUUUGAUACAAAGUUGUCAGUGUACAGCUUGUAUAACAGUGCACAUUUGUUGCGCCCUCAAAAUAACUCAACACACAGUGUAAUAUGUAAACCACUGGUUACAAAAGUGAGUACAACCCUUAAGUGAAAAUGGCCAAAUUGUGCCAUGGGGAGCAGAGCUGUUAAAUAUGAUGUUUUAUACCUUACUGGCCACUGGUUAUUUAAUAUGGCACCUCAUGGCAAAGAACUCUCUGGUUGUAAGAUACUAAAUUGUUGCUCUGCGCAAAGAUGGCCUAGACCAGGGGUUUGGCAGUAGGUGCCCAGCGGGACAGAUGGUUUCCGUGAGCAUGAAAGAUCUGGCCUGUAAGGUUGUUGCUAAUGAACAAUAAUGAAAAAAAUAAAAAUAAAAUGCUUUUAUUUACAUUUCUCCCCUGUCUCUCUGUCAUGCUUGACGUGAAGGUAGUUUUUUGCCCAUUCUUGGGCUUCUUAUCUCCUUGUAAGGGCACUUUUUACUGGCUGUGUCCCAGUUCAUUAGCUGGGGCAGUGAUAGUGUAUUGGACUGCGACCCUGUCAAAACGGGCUUGAUCCCGCGUGAGAAGCGAUGUGUUUAUUUAUUUUUUCAUUUCUUCUUGGGUUUACCUGCUUUGAAUUCAACUGUUCUGCAAUUGGGUUUAACAACCCUCAGGGAUGGAGAGCUACUAGUCUGUAGCACUCCAUCCCAUUACACUUCAUUUUCCAAAAAAAGUUUUUUUUGUGGCCCACCACGUUAUGGGUCGGAAAGUAUCUGGCCCGUGGCCAAACUUAAUUGCUGUCUUAGACUAUAAGAAGAUUGCAAUCACCCUAAAACUGAGAUACAGCACAUUGGUUAAGGUCAUACAGCAGUUUUGGAUUGGUGGGUGGGUUCCACUCAGUACAGGCCUCCCCAAGUUCAACCUAAGAAGUUUAGUCCCUGGGCUACUGAACCCACGUCCUGUGGUCUAGUGGGAUCAAUAUAAACGUGUGAUGUCAAGCAUGUUCGGUGGCAUACUGGUGAUGAGUACCAAGGCAACUGCCCCUUGCUUACAGUCAAGUCAAGCAUGGGGGUGGUAGCAUCAUGUUCUGGGGCUGAAUGAUUGGUUCGGGUAUUGGAGAGCUCAGCUCCAACAUGUACUGCCCUGCAGAAGAAGCCUAAAGAUAAAGAUGAUGGACUGGCCAACCAUGUCUCCAGACCUAAACCCUACUGAGCAUCUGUGGAGCAUCCUUAUGGAGAAGUGGAAGAGGAUGCAAAUGGCAACCUGUGAAGCUUUAGUGAACUCCAUACCCAAGACGGUUAAGGCACUGCUGGAAAAUAAUGGUGGCCUCACAAAAGAUAAUGAGACUUUUGGCACAAAUAGGCCAUUUUCACUAAGGGGUGUACUCACGUUUGUUGCCAGUGGUUUUUCUAACAAGGCUGUGUGUUGAGUUAAUUUAAGGGGCACAACAAAUUUACGCAAAGCUGUACACUGACUACUUUACACUGUAUCAACAUGUCAUAUCUUCAGUGUUCUCCAAUGAAAAUAUAUAAUAAAAUAUGUACAAAAACGUGAGGGGAGUUCUCACUUCAGUAAGAUACUGGAUGUCGUUUUGUUCAAUCUUCAAUCUGUUAAAAUGUAAAAGCUGCACAAUUACAUCCAACAAAAUACAAAAAAAAUCUUGGGGACUAAGAGAUUAGAGAAUUGUUAUGUACAGUUGUGAUCAAAAGUUAACAUACCUCAGCAGAAUUUUUGCUUUCUUUGUCUUUUUUUUUCUUAAUUAUAAUUUUAUUUCUAAUUUUUCCCAUUUUCUCCCCAAUUUACACGGCCAAUUACCCAACCCACUUAUUAGGACUCCCCCUAUCACUAGUGAUGCCCCAACACACCAGGAGGGUGAAGACUAUGGCAAGCCAACUAAGCCAAAUCGUGUGGGAAAGAAACGCCUCCAGGCGUAAAAAUGUCAUGUGUCCACACGUAAAAAUAUUACAAGUUGACAAAUACGUUAUUUUUUACGUGUACAGACGUGAUCUUUUUACGUGCAAAUUUAUGCCGUCUGUACAUCACGUGCUUUUUUUUUUUUUACCUGUACAGAGGUAGAUAUGAAAUAGGGGGUACAUCAUAGUCACAUGAUUACAACUUUUCAGUUACGUGGACCUUACGUGCAGAGUGUGUAUAAGUAUGUAUGAGGCUAUGUCAUGGAACGGUGAGACUCCGUUGUAACCCACGUAAGCGUCUUAUGAAUAUGGAAUACAAUACGUUGCAUGACAUCAUGUGUUGUCAGGCUGCCUUAUUACAAUGCAAAUGUAUGCAUAGGUGCGUUUACUGAUUGGAUGUUAGAUGCCAAGUCGUGUAUACACGAACAGUUUUACUGCCUGUACAUGUGAUUUUUUUUUAUACGUGUGGACACGUGAUAUUUUUAUGCGUGGAGGCGUUUCUUUCCCACACGUUUUGGCUUAGUUGGCUUGCCAUAGAAGACUAACACAUGCUUCCUCUGAUACAUGUGAAGUCAGCCAUCACUUCUUUUCAAGCUGCUGCUGAUGCAGCAUUACCGAGUAGCAUCACAGCGCUAACGCUCGGAGGAAAGCGCAGCGACUCUGUUCUGAUACAUCAGCUCACAGACGCCCUGUGCUGCGGACAUCACCCUAGGAGUGAUGUGGGGAGAGAGCACCACCUACCCACCCGGAGGGAACAGAGACAACUUUGCUCCCUCUGAGCGCCGGAAGCUUGAUGGCAAAAAAGUUUUCCAGUCAUGUUAGUGGUUGGGUGAAGCUAUUUAUUGUCAAAUGACUGUGAUAACCCUGAUCAAAAGUCUGGUUUGGUUGUAGUGUGUGUGUGGUCAUCAAGGCCCUCUGAAAAAAGGGCACAACAAAAUUCUGCCAGGUUAACUGUAACUAAACAGCUAAUGCAAUGUUUCAGAUAAAUCCCUUGAAUUAAAAUUAUAGCUAAAAAUCUACACUUUGGUAUCUUUCCGCACAUAUUUAUGGACCUGCCUGUAUAUAAAUAUUUACAGUGCGUUUUGUGCUGUAAGUCAUUUUCUAAGCGUUUGUUUUGUGUUGAGUCUGAGUUGGAGAGUUUGUUGUGUCUGGUGUGUCAGGCUUUGUUUACUGUGACUCAUAUUUACCCUGUUAGCUGCCCAUGGUCACGCAUGCUGCCGAGCCGUCAUGUGCUCUGAGCCUCCUGGACCUGUCAGUCUAUGAUGAGAUAAGCCUUCAGCAACAUCGCUACUUUCUCUGCGUUUAUUGGCGUUUGUUUAUGACGGGCAUCCGUGUCUCUGCUGUGUAGCAUCUUCUCCGCCCAGCUCCUUCCUGCCUCCUCAGAGCGGCGGCACGGCAAGUUUGACGUUUGUUUUUGUGCCUUUUGAUGUACAGAAUCCUGAAACAAGUGUGAUAAAGACCGACUGCUCUGCUCUGCAUUUCUGGUGACUGGCGUUUGUGCUUUGCUGGCAUGCACUCUCAAAGAAGCAGCUGUGAGAGGAGGCUCGUCUCAGGGUUAGGAUGAUGUUAAUAAUGAGGGUGAUCUUGGAGAGUGUGUGCAAUGCUUGGUCUAAUGGAAGGCUGUGGAAAUAUACUUGAUUAUGUGAAAGAUUGUUAUUGUUAUUAUGAUUAGGUCUCUUGACGUUUUGAUGUUUUAAUGUUUCACUUAAUGACUUUCUCAAUGGCUUUCAAUUGAGAAUUUUUUAUUUUGCGUCCAUAAUUAACCAUGUUUCUACACUGCCUGGCCGAAAAAACUCACAAUCUGGAUUUAAGUAAGUAAAUUAUGUGGGGUUGGUUGAUGCUGCUGCAGUUGGUCUGCAGGUUUAGGUUCAGCAACAGUAUGUGCUGAAAGAAUGAGGUCAGCUGACUACCUGCAUAUACUGAAUAUAGAGCAGGUUAUUCCAUCAAUGGAUUUUAUAGUUCUUCCCUGAUGAUACACACGGCCAUAUUCCAAGAUGACAAUACCAGGAUUCAUGGGGCUGGAAUUGUGAAAGAGUUCAGGAUUCAGGGAGCAUGAGAUCAUCAUUUUCACACAUGGAUUCAGAGAGAGUUCACCACAGAGUCCAGAUCUUAACCUCAUUGAGAAUCUUUGGGAUGAGCUGGAUGGAGAAGAGAGGCUUUGUGCAGUGGUCAGACUCUACCAUCAUCAAUUCUGCUGCAAGAUCUUGGUGAAAAAUUAAUCCAGCAACACUGGAUUGAAUAAUAAAUCUUCUGACACUGCAGAAGCUUAUUGAAACAAUGCCACAUUGUAUGUGUGCUGCAGUCAAUGCUAAAGAUGCUCCAACAAAAUAUUAGUGUGUGAUUUUUUUUUUUUUGGCCAGGCAGUGUAUCACGAUAUGUUGCCCAUGUUAAUGAUAAUAUCGCGAUUCUGUGAUUCUAUGAUACUCGAUAUAUCGCAAGACAGUUCUUUACGAUUCUUCACGGCAUCUGUGUUACUGAACAUGAUAAAAUACUUCUGAAUUAUCAAAUACCUGGAAUUAUUGGUUUAUUGGUGUUGGUUUUACACAAUUUGACACCCAAUAUUUUUACCACAGUAAAAAUAUGACACAACAUAACGAUAAUGUAUUGCAAAUAAAAACGUUGCAAUAAAUCCAAUAUCAAUAUUUUGGCCCACCCCAGAGAUGCAGUGCUAAUGUGAAAAAAACUAGAUGCAGCAUAAAAAUGGGUGGGGGCAGUGCAGUAGCAGUCAGUAGUAUCAAAAUAGUGUUAUAUGAAUCGUUUUUUAUCAUUAUUACAAUAUGAGCUUUAACGAUGAGCACAUGGAAAGAGCUGCAAAGACAUAAAUAACAUCAAACUGGUGCAGGCAUCUAUUGGAAACCUCCAGUAAUCAGUAUAUAUACAUUGAUGGUGCAGCAAGUUAUCAAUUCAGACAUUUCUUAUCUUAAUGCAGAAAUUAUAUCAAUGAAUGGAUUUCUCUGUUUUGUUUUUUUUUUAUUCUAUUGUUAAUUAAUUUAUUGUGUGAAGAGCUGCACAGGUUACAUUCAUCUGAUGUUUCUCCACAGACUAAAGGUGCUUUUAUACUGUUCACGUUAGCCGUGCCGCUGUACACUAAAAGUACAUGUUGGAGCUGAGCUCACCAAUACCAGAACUAAUCAUACAGCCCCAGAACAUGAUGCUACCACCCCCAUGCUUGACUUGACUGUAAGAAAGGGGCAGUUGUCUUGGUACUCAUCACCAGUAUGCCACCAAACAUGCUUGACACCACAAGUUUAUGUUGAUCUCACUAGACCACAAGACGUGGGUUCAGUAGCACAGGGACUAAAUUUUUAGCUGUUAUGAUGAGGUAGGGUGACCAAACGUCCGUAUUUAACUCCCACAGUCUCAGUCAGUCAACUCAUUCACCACACAUCCUGUCACUCAACUCGUCCACAGUGUCUGCCUCUUUGUAAAAAGCUACAUAUCUAUUGAACCAUUGAACAAUUUGUCUAUGAUAGGUUUAAAAAUAAGAAAACUUAAGAAAACGUAAAAAAAAAAUAAUAAAACAAACAAAAACCCUAAAAAACAGGUGGAAUUUAAGAACAUGGGAAAAAACUCAUUUAUGUAAUUCACGUAAAAAUGAAGUUAUUGUAAAAAAGUGACGGCCUAUUUAAAAAGCAACAGAAGUUGUUCAUUUGUAACAUUUCUAACAUAUUUAGGGUGUUUUUUACUCACUUUUUUCACUCCCAUGAACUUAAUCCUUUACAGCUUCAAAAAACAUGUAUUAUGCAAAUUAGGUGUUGACGUCAUUUAGCCAGGUGUCCUGGUUUACCCAAAUAAAAAUAUGGUCACCCUGGAUGAGGAGUGGUAAGUUUCCACGGCCAUAACCAUACAUCCCUCCACCGCGCUACCAUGCCCAUAGAUCUUGCCACAAAAAUGCCACCAAUGUGGAGCCAAUCAGCAGAUCCCUACACUACAUUAAGGCCCUCCCACUAAACGUUUCUGUGGCCCCAGGUAUGGUUAGCCAACUGUGCCAAAAAAGAAAAUGUAAGCAUAAGCAGAUCAGAAGCGUUUCAUGUGCAAUAAAAAAAAAACACUAGAAUGUUGUCCUCCAUGUGCAGAACUGAAGAGAGGCCAGAGUGUUUUAAUAAAAAUCUCUUUUCCACAUUUCAUUAUGAAUUCUUUUUUUAAUUCCUUUUGCAAAAGGGAAAACAUAUAAGGCUAUAUAAUUCAUGCAUCAGUGCAAUCCACUCGGAGAUGACUCGUUAGGAGAAUUUGUAAAAUAAAAGUCUUUUCUAAACUCCUACUCUAGGGAAUCUGCCUUGCUUUGUCGGCUGCUUUCUCUGUUUAGCUUUGCGUCUCAUUUGUAUCUGUCAUUUUUUAAUCUGCUGACUGAAGCUUUGUACCAAGUCCUGUAAAUAUGUGUUCAGUUUCUCUACGUCAUUUGAUUCUACAAAUAAAAUAAAAAGACUGACCGGAGUGUGUA